CAUCCUUUUGGGCGGAGUGGUUAUUUAAUUUACACUGUAAUGAUAGUACAAAAAAAGUGCCCUUUGGUGUCUUGAGGUAAAAUUAACUGACGUUCACUUUGCACAUGAGUCGCAAUACGCUCCGCCUGAGUGGGUGAGUGACGCUCCAAGUUAAUUCUAGGGUUUAGGUUUUUGCUGGAUUUCAUGUGAAGGAGGGAUUGAAAAAGAGCCCGCCCCCCUCUCGGGUCCUGGUCUCUGCUUGCCCUGCUCUGUGAGAGAAGUGUUACACGUAAAAGAGAGUCGGAAUAGCCCGCUUCAGUCCCCUACGGAACUUAGGGGGAGUGCAGCAGAGAAAAGCCGUGAUCAUGAUUUCACCGACCGAAGCCCGCAGUUUAUAGGUGAUUUCCUCGAUGGUUUCUGCAGGAAAACGCUGGUAAUUCUUCAGUGCCACUUUGUCGCAGACGCAGUGAAGCUGAAGGCCAGCUAGAGCCAGUGAAGUCGAACGAAUCGUGCGAUGACAACCGCGGAGGCAGAGUCUGGCAUGAGCGGAGGCACUGCGAUCGCAGCCUCGGCCUUACCCAACCAGCCCGCAGGUGAACGAGCUUUGAGUGUGCUGUGGUCGUUUGCAAAAUGCCUCGGUGCUCUCCUACCAGUGUACCUGGCCGGAUAUUAUGGCUUCAGCAUCAGUGUAGUGCUGUUCGGGCUGAUGAUCUACAUGGGAUGGAAACACAGUCGAUUGGAGAAGGUGAUGAGGCUCAAGUCUGCCAUGUACCUUCUGGACGAGAUGACUUUUACCACCGAGAAGGAUUUCAGAGCCAAAAGGGAUUUACGUCCCUGGGUCAACUUUCCUGAUGUGGAAAAGGUGGAGUGGCUGAAUAAGAUCCUGCAGCAGGCUUGGCCCUUCAUAGGUCAGUAUCUGGAGAAGCUGCUGGUGGAAACCAUCGCCCCAUCCAUCCGUGCCUCCAGCAUUCAUCUGCAGACUCUCAGCUUCACCAAGGUCAACCUAGGAGACAAGGCUUUGAAGGUGGUUGGUGUAAAGGCUCACACAGAACACGAUAAGCGACAAGUUAUGUUGGAUUUGGACCUGAGCUAUGCCGGUGAUGUCGAGAUAAAUGUAGAAAUCAAGAAGUACUUUUGCAAAGCUGGAGUAAAAGGAGUCCAGCUUCACGGUAAGCUGCGUGUCAUCCUUGAGCCUCUGAUCGGAGAUGUGCCGCUGGUUGGGGCCAUCACAAUUUUCUUUAUCCGCAAGCCUAAACUGGACAUCAACUGGACUGGAUUAACUAAUCUUUUAGAUAUCCCCGGGCUGAAUGCCAUGUCGGACACUAUGAUAAUGGAUGCAAUAGCCUCCCACCUGGUGCUCCCCAACCGUCUCACUAUUCCCCUGGUGGCCGACCUGCACGUUGCGCAGCUCCGCUCCCCUCUCCCAAGGGGAGUCGUACGUAUCCACCUGUUGGAGGCUGAGGACCUGACUGCCAAGGACACGGUCAUCAAGGGCUUAAUCGAUGGGAAAUCUGACCCAUAUGCCGUUCUGCGUGUAGGAACACAGAUCUUCACCUCUCAUCAUGUGGACAGCAACCUGAACCCACAGUGGAGGGAGAUGUAUGAGGUGAUUGUCCAUGAAGUACCUGGUCAGGAGUUGGAAGUGGAAGUUUUUGACAAAGACCCAGACCAGGAUGACUUCCUGGGGAGGGUCAAGGUGGAUCUUGAUAUUGUAAAGAAGGCCAGAGUUGUGGAUGAUUGGUUCAAUCUGAGGGACGUCCCUUCUGGCAGCGUUCACCUCCGGCUGGAGUGGCUUUCCCUGCUAUCCUCUGCUGACAGACUGAGUGAGGUGAUCCAGAAGAACCAGAACUUGACCAGUAAGACGGCUGACCCUCCAUCUGCAGCUAUCCUAGCCAUCUAUCUUGAUCAAGCUCAUGCGCUACCCAUGAGAAAAGGCAACAAGGACCCAAGCCCAAUGGUGCAGAUUUCUAUACAGGAUGCAACGAAAGAGAGCAAGACCUGCUACGGGACCAACAGUCCCGUGUGGGAGGAUGCCUUUACCUUCUUUAUUCAGGAUCCUCAGAAACAAGACAUUGACAUUCAAGUGAAAGAUGACGACCGUGCUUUGACCUUGGGCAGUUUGACUAUCCCUCUGACCCGUCUAAUGGAGACCCCUGAUCUCACCAUGGACCAAUGGUUUCAGCUGGAGAAUUCUGGUUCUGCCAGCCGCAUCUACGCCAAAAUUGUUCUUAGGAUUUUGUGGCUUAGUGAGGACGCAACUCCUACAACUCCAUCUCCUAGGCCUUUGAACCCUGGGCCUGGGAUAGGUCAGGGGGGUAUGACCUCAGAACUGAACCCUAUGGGGCCCGGCGGGUUAGGUAAACCUCCACCAACACGACCACAGCAAACCACGCCCGACCCAGAGUUUGCAACUGAGGGUGUGCUGCGGAUCCAUUUGGUGGAGGCCCAAAACCUGAUAGCGAAGGACAACUUCAUGGGGGGCAUGGUGAAGGGGAAGAGCGACCCCUACGUUAAGAUCCGUGUGGCUGGUAUCACGUUCCGUAGCCACACCAUCAAAGAAAACCUCAACCCUAUCUGGAAUGAACUCUAUGAGGUGAUUUUGACACAGCUUCCUGGUCAGGAGAUCCAGUUUGAGUUGUUUGACAAGGACAUUGAUCAGGAUGACUUUCUCGGAAGGUUCAAGAUUAACUUACGGGAUAUCAUCAGCUCACAAUUCAUGGAUACGUGGUACACUCUAAAUGAUGUGAAGUCAGGCCGAGUUCAUCUGGUGCUUGAGUGGCUGCCCAGAGUCUCUGACCUACCCAGACUGGAGCAGAUCCUUCAGUUCCAGUCUCAGCAGUCGUACCAUAACAAGGUUGUGCCAUCUGCAGCUGUGCUGUUUGUGUAUUUGGAGCGUGCCCAUGGCCUCACGUUAAAGAAGAAUGGGAAGGAGCCUAAAGUCGGGGCUGAGAUUACCCUCAAAGGUGUUUCUUACAAAACCAAGAUUUGUGAGCGUUCCACAUCCCCUCGAUGGGACGAAGCCUUUCAUUUUCUGGUUCGAGACCCCAGAGAUGAAGCAGUCAUAGUGAAGCUCUCCCACAGUUGGGGCCAGGCCCUUGGGUCCUUCACACUCCCUCUCAGAGAGGUGAUGAUGGAGCCCGGCUUGGUGCUAGACCGCUGGAUUAAUCUGGAUGGAGCGCUGCCAGAAAGCCAGAUACUACUGAGGGCCACUCUCAAGGUCUUGGACACUCAGCUGGCAGUGUGUCGUCGGGCCCCGGGGGAUGAAGGAGAAGAAGUCAUUCCCAGAUGGGUUCCUUCUCAUCUCGACCUCAGACGGAGAAGUGGAUUUAACACAGCCGAUAACGCAAACUCAGCAGGCCAGGUGAAGCUUACACUCAGCUACUCCAUCGAGGAGAGCAAGCUAUUCAUCACCGUUCACGCCUGCAGAGCCCUGGCAUCCUGCUCUAAGGACGGUGCAGACCCUUAUGUUACCUUCAUCCUGCUGCCUGACAAGAAGGCUACCACCAAGAGGAGGACUGCCACCAAGAAGAGAGACCUCAACCCAGAAUUCAGCGAGAGGUUUGACUUUGACUUCUCUCUGGAGGAGUCCGCACAGAGAAGACUGGACCUGUCUGUGAAGAACAGCGUCUCCUUCAUGAGCAGAGAGAGGGAGCUGAUCGGCAAGUUGCAGCUGGACCUGGACCAAAUUGACCUGAAGAUUGGUGUCACACAAUGGUACGAUUUGGUAGCAGAGGCCAACUAAAGGAAUCAAUGGUUGGACUAAAGUAAUAUAUAAUGUUUGGUGUUGCUUCUGUGAUCUGUGAUCUGUGUGUUUGCAUAUUCAGCUUUAAUGAAAAUUUCCACCAUCACUGAAGAAAAAAGUACAACAUAUAUGCUCCACAAAAAAUAGACCAUCAAUAUUUAAGAAACUUUACAUGUAGCUUGUCAUCCGUAAAGUGUUCAAAUCUGUGGUGAAAUUGUGCUGUCCUGGACAGAUUCUUCAGUAGAAAAUUUUGGCUGAAUAGAUAUUUGAUAAUAAUGCAACUAUGUUGCACAGCCUACCAAGUUUGUAUGUGUUUAAAAGCAUGUCAAAGCCCUUUUUGAAUUGUAUUCAGAAAAAGGGCUUGUGCUGUUGUCGAUAUCUGAGGUAUGAUAUGUUUUAUGGAAUUACAGCAUCCAAUGCAACUAAAGACAUUUCUUUGAAUUUUAAUUUUUUACAACUUUGAAAAUAAUUCCCAAGAUUUUUUUGUUUAUAUAUGUUUAUAUGAUUGCCUUAAGUAUUACAAAACUGUGCACAGUUUGUCAGUGUUUAUGAAAUUAUGUUCCAAAUGAAGUUUUAUAUGCUUUAACCAGAGCUUUAUCAAAGUUGCUUUUAUAAAUCAAAGUAUUACAAACCUAGACCCUCACAUUUACCACUGAAAACAGAGGUAUGAUACUGUAAUCAGAGUCUAAAUCACUGUGCUUUUAUGAAGAGAAAUCUUUGUAGAUACUGAAAACACAUUGCCGGUGUUAUUGCACCCGCGCUUCUUUAUGUUUGUACGUGUUUGUGGCGCUAGAGGAAACAGGCUGAAGCUGUCGGCCAUGUUUAGAGUUUAUUUUCCAAGCAAAACAGUUUAUGACCUUAUAAAAAGCAAGCUGAUAUUGUACUUCAGCAGUGGGACAGCUCCUAUGAACCACUGUGACCUCACCACAAAGGCCUGGGCUCUGAUUUGUGGUGAUGGAAAGAAAAAAGUGUUAUAAUUGUCAUAACUGAAGAAGUAAAACUGCUGAGCUUUGACCUUAUUUGAUCGUAUCAUCAUGUAUCUGCUGAAAUUGUUGAUUAAAGUUUGCACUCUCAUGAAUCAAA